CAUAGUAAUUUCAUUAUUGGGAACUAUGGGUUGUUACAGAAUUCAGCUAGUGGCCAUAGUCUCAUUCAUGCUUUUGCUUCCAAAUGCACAAGGGUGGGGAGAUGAUGGACAUGCCAUUGUUUGUAAGAUUGCCCAGGCUCGCCUCAGCGAUGCAGCUGCUAAGGCUGUGAAAAAACUGCUGCCAAAAUCCGCAGAAAAUGACUUGUCAAGCAAGUGUUCAUGGGCAGAUCAUGUCAAGUUUAUCUUUCCCUGGUCAUCUGCUUUGCACUUUGCUGAUACUCCUGAUAAUGUUUGCAGUUACCAGAAUAAAAGGGAUUGUUUAGAUCACAAAACUGGAAUUAAAGGGCGAUGUGUUGUGGGGGCAAUUACCAAUUACACCAAUCAACUUCUCGACUAUGGAAGUGACACUGAAUCUAAAUAUAACCUCACACAAGCUCUUUUUUUCCUUUCCCAUUUUAUGGGAGACAUCCAUCAGCCUCUACAUUGUGGCUUUGUCUCAGACAAGGGAGGCAAUACAAUAAAUGUUCACUGGUACAAAAGGAAGCAAAAUCUUCACCAUGUUUGGGAUGAUAGCAUUAUUGAGACAGAAGUUGAAAGAUUCCAUGACUCUGACAUUGGCGAUUUCGUUGAUGCAAUUGAACAGAAUAUUACGAAAGUAUGGGCUGAUCAAGUAGACGAAUGGGAGAACUGCAGUUCUGAUGACUUCCCAUGCCCAGCUAUAUAUGCAUCUGAAAGUAGCGAAGAUGCGUGUAAAUGGGCAUAUAAAGAUGCCAGUGAAGGUUCAGCACUAGAAGAUGAUUACUUCCUGUCACGUUUCCCAAUAGUCAAUUUGAGGUUAGCACAAGGAGGAGUUCGAUUGGCUGCAACUCUCAACAGUAUUUUCGACAAACAGUUGGCAAUGUCGAUGUGAUUUAUUGAAAGAGAAAAUAGGUCUACAAAAAGAAUAAAAGUGUCAACUAAUUUGUAACUCGAUUAGCACUAGCUGAAGUCUUUUAAGAUUUUAGAGAAAUGUUGAUGUUAAAAUGUUGUAGAUCAGAUAUUAGAGAUCCAGGUUUUAUUGUUUCAAAUACCCGUUUUCAACAAGUACACUAUCUA